AUGGCUACCGAGAGCUUUGGCUUCCAGGCCGAGAUCAGCCAGCUGCUCGACCUGAUUAUCAACACCUUUUACUCUAACAAGGAGAUUUUCCUUCGUGAACUUAUCUCCAAUGCGUCCGAUGCCAUCGACAAGAUUCGCUAUGCGUCCCUAACUGACCCCUCCGUCCUUGAUACCUGCAAGGACCUCUACAUUCGCAUCAUCCCCGACAAGGAGAACAAGAUACUCUCCAUCCGUGAUACCGGUAUUGGUAUGACCAAGGCCGAUAUGGUCAACAACCUCGGUACCAUCGCAAAAUCCGGAACAAAGGGCUUCAUGGAGGCUCUCAGCUCCGGCGCCGACAUUUCCAUGAUCGGCCAGUUCGGUGUCGGUUUCUACUCUGCGUACCUCGUCGCCGAACGUGUGCAGGUCAUCUCCAAGCACAAUGACGACGAGCAAUACAUUUGGGAGUCUGCAGCUGGUGGCACCUUCACAAUCACCCCCGACACCAUCAACCCUCCUCUCGGUCGCGGUACCGAGGUGCGCCUCUUCCUCAAGGAGGAUCAGCUCGAGUAUCUCGAGGAGAAGCGCAUCAAGGACAUCGUCAAGAGGCACUCAGAAUUCAUUUCCUACCCCAUUCAGUUGGCGGUCGUGAAGGAGGUUGAGAAGGAAGUUGAGGAUGAGGAAGAGGAGGAGGCGAAGGAGGAGGGCGAGGAGAAGCCCAAGAUUGAGGAGGUUGAGGAAGAGGAGAAGCCGAAGAAGACGAAGAAGAUCAAGGAGAAGGAGAUCCAGAACGAGGAGCUCAACAAGACGAAGCCCAUCUGGACGCGUAACCCCGCCGAGAUCACACAGGAGGAGUACGCCGCCUUCUAUAAGAGCUUGACGAAUGACUGGGAGGAGCACCUCGCUGUCAAGCACUUCUCGGUCGAAGGUCAGCUCGAGUUCAAGGCCAUCCUCUACGUCCCCAAGCGUGCGCCUUUCGACCUCUUCGAGACCAAGAAGAAGCGCAACAACAUCAAGCUCUAUGUCCGCCGUGUCUUCAUCAUGGACGAUUGUGAGGAGCUUAUCCCCGAGUAUCUCAACUUCGUCAAGGGUAUCGUCGACUCCGAGGAUCUGCCACUCAACAUCUCGCGCGAGACGCUUCAGCAGAACAAGAUUUUGAAGGUCAUCCGCAAGAACCUCGUGAAGAAGUGCAUGGACCUUUUCAGUGAAAUUGCGGAGGACAAGGACAACUUCAACAAAUUCUACGAGGCGUUCGGCAAGAACAUUAAGCUCGGUAUCCAUGAGGAUGCGCAGAACCGCAGCAAACUCGCCGAAUUCCUCCGCUUCUACUCGACGAAGUCGACAGAAGAGAUGACCUCUCUGAAAGACUACAUUACUCGCAUGCCCGAGGUGCAGAAGAACAUCUAUUACCUCACUGGCGAGUCGCUGUCUGCCGUCAAGGAUUCACCCUUCCUUGAGGUGCUGAAGAAGAAGGGCUUUGAGGUUCUCCUUCUCGUCGACCCCAUCGACGAGUAUGCUAUCACCCAGCUCAAGGAGUUCGAUGGCCACAAGCUCAUCUGCGUGUCGAAGGAGGGUCUCGAGCUUGAGGAGACCGAGGAGGAGAAGAAGGAGCGCGAAGAGGAGGCAAAGCAGUUUGAGGACCUCUGCAAGACCGUCAAGGAUGCGCUCGGCGACAAGGUCGAGAAGGUCGUUGUCUCUAACCGUAUUAUCGACUCGCCAUGCGUGCUCGUCACUGGCCAGUUCGGCUGGUCGUCGAACAUGGAGCGUAUCAUGAAGGCGCAGGCGCUCCGCGAUUCGUCGAUGUCAUCGUACAUGGCGUCGAAGAAGACGCUCGAGCUCAACCCGCACAACCCGAUCAUCAAGGAGCUCAGGAAGAAGGUCGCGGAAGACAAGGCGGACAAGUCCGUGCGCGACCUGACGUACCUGCUCUUCGAAACCGCCCUCCUCACAUCCGGCUUCUCUCUUGACGACCCGACGUCGUUCGCGAAGCGCAUUCACCGCAUGAUCUCGCUUGGUCUCGACGUCGACGAGGAGGAGUCUGCGCCCGUGCCAUCGAGCAGCAGCGAAGUUCCUCCUCCGGAGGAAGCCUCGACGUCCUCGGCGAUGGAGGAGAUCGACUAG